CUGAGACAUUCCAAAAAAACCCUAAGUAUAUUUACGUCAAAAACAACCAAAAUGGCAAAAAGAAUUGAAAAACAACAACGAAAAUAAAUGGAAACUAAUUUAAUGGUCUGGAGAAAAGAAAGAAGAGAAGAAAGGCAAACAAAAAGGAAGAGGAGGAAAAACAACUAGGAGACGGCGACGCACCAGGGACAAAAAGUCCAAAUCCAAAAAGAUUGGCGUCCAAAACGUCUUAAGAGAUAAGUGCAGUAGCAAUCGACGGUGAGCAAAAGACGAAGAGAAUGUAUAUAAGAGAUGACUAUAAGCUCUGGAGAGACGCUAGAUCCUAUGCCACACAUUCACACAAAAAUGGCUUCUGCAGCCCAGAUUAUUGGCACUGACAUUGAAACUUUUGCUCUGCUCAUAUUCACAGCUUUAUUCGUUUUUACCCUGUGGCGGCUUUAUCAUGGAACCCCAUACAAGUCUGUUAAUCGGUUACCGCCGGGACCGCUCGGCUUUCCGGUGGUCGGAUACCUGCCGUUUCUUCGCCCUAACCUUCACCACCAGUUCACAGAUCUCGCCCACAAGUACGGCCCGAUCUUCAAGCUUCAACUAGGAAGUCAGCUUUAUGUGGUUGUGAGCUCGCCGUCCCUUGUGAAAGAGAUCGUUCGCGAUCAUGAUGCACUUUUCGCUAACCGCGAUCCAUCCGUAGCAGCGCUGAUCGCUACUUACGGCGGCCGUGACAUUGCCUUUGCGCCCCUCGGCGAUUAUUGGCGUCAAGUCCGGAAGCUAUUUGUCCGGGAGAUUCUGAGUAGCAGCAACAUUAGAGCUUGCCACGAGCACCGAAGAACUGAGGUUAGAAAAGUGAUCAGGAGCCUGAAAUCGAAAACGGGUCAGGCUGUGGAUAUUGGGGAAUUGGCCUCUUUGACUGAAAUAAAUGUAGUGAUGAGCAUGAUUCUGGGGAGUACAUUGGGAUCUGAUGAAGAAAAGCGUGAGAAGGUUGGAGAAGAGUUUAGGGAGGUGAUGGGGAAGUAUAUUGCUACAAUCGGUGGGCCUAAUAUCUCUGAUUUUUUUCCAUGGCUUGCUAGAUUUGAUCUACAGGGAAUACAGACAAAGAUGGGGAAUAUUCUUAAGGUUGUAGGAAAUAUUCUUGAACCCAUCAUUAAAGAAGGUGAAAGAAUUGUUUCUGAGAAAUCUCAGAUUAGUGUGAGUAAGGAUGGUGAGAACAAGGACUUUCUGCAGAUAAUCUUGAAGCUAAAGGACUCUGAAGCUGGCAACGCAUUGGAUUUGGAUGCAAUCAAGGCCAUCUUGCAGGAUAUUGUGAUAGGUGGGACGGAUACAACAGCUACGAUGGUGGAGUGGGUUAUGGCAGUGCUACUUGACCUUCCAGAAGCAAUGAAAAAGGUCCAGAAUGAAUUAGAGCAUAUAGUAGGAAUGAACAACACUGUUGAAGAGUUCCAUUUACCAAAACUCACAUAUUUAGAUGCUGUUGUGAAGGAGACUUUACGUUUAUACCCUGCAUUGCCACUCCUUGUCCCCAGGUCCCCAAGGGAAACUUCACAAGUGGGCGGAUACACAAUUCCUAAGGGCACUAAGGUUUUUCUGAAUACGUAUGCAAUACAUAGAGACCCUAAUUUGUGGGACAAUCCGCUGCAGUUCAAGCCGGAGAGAUUCCUUGGUCCGAGUUCGUGUUUAGAUUACACUGGUAAUGAUUUCCGGUUUAUUCCAUUUGGAUCAGGAAGGAGAAUUUGUGCCGGCAUUCCCUUGGCUGAGAAAAUGUUGUACAUUUUGGGCUCAUUGUUGCAUUCAUUCAACUGGCAUCUUCCUCAAGGUGAAAAGCUCGAUUUGGUAGAUGUGUUUGGACUUGUCACCAAGAAAAAGACUCCUUUGAUUGCUAUCCCAACAAUUAGGUUAUGCAACUCUCAGCUUUAUCAUUAAAUCCCCGAGGAUCGUGUCUUUGUAUAUGUGUGAAGGAUAUAAGACCUUGAAUUACAGGGAGAUAGUCUUCUUGUCAUCUUAUCUUUUGUUUGAUGGCAAAUACUUGUAUGUAUUCAUACUUUGUAUAUAUGUUGUAUAUAUUGCAAGGAUGGUGUGGGUCGUGCAUAUGAAAAAAAUGGCCUACAUGUGGUGUUUGAUUGUGAGCGUUGUUGAAAUGUUUGUUCCGUGUCAAUAAUAGUGACGUUAUGCUUUCUUGGUCUAGAUAUACAGGAAGAGUUAAUUCCACUUUUGGUAUAUGAGUUUUCCGUCAGUUUCACAUUUUGUUCUUAUCUUUCACUCAA